UUCUCCUAAACGAACGAAGAGUGGAACCGGUUACAGGAUCGACGAAGGAAUCGAGUGAAAGUGAAGGAUUAAUUUAGCAAAAACGGAGUGCGCGGCUUUGUGAUCCUAUGGUGGGAUCCCACCAACGUUUGGCUCGCCGGCAAUUGAUCGGGUACCGCAGUUUCUUACGUGCGGAUCUGUCACGAGCACGAAAUAUCCUUUUAUCCUUGCGCGAUUGUUCGUGCAAACAGCUUAUUGUUUCGAGAAGCGAUCAAGAUGCAUCUCGUCGGACACAUUACGGUUUUAUUCGCAUUCAUCCUCUUCUCGUCGAUUUCCGUCCUCGGGUUUCCGGAUGGCGGGCCGGUGGAUGCGUGCGUGAAGCCACGGCCUAAUCAACCCUAUCAUGGCGAGGCGCGAUCACAGCCCUUAAACACGAGCCCUUACAAGAUACUGGCUUCGUCGUCGCAGUAUGGACCAGGCUCGCAGGUCACAGUCACCAUUGUGGGUGCCUCGUUUAAGGGAUUCUUCCUGCAGGCACGUGAUACCGGUACAAACGAAUGGAUCGGAUCCUGGGCUCGUACGCCGAACACGAAUAUACAUUCCGAGUGCAGUGCCGUGACGCACGCGGAUCCGCGCGAUAAGGAGCAGGCUACCUUCAUCUGGAACGCACCGGCAAACGCACGCGGCAGCGUUUACUUCACGGGAACUGUUCUAAAGGACUACGCAACAUUCUGGUCCGAUCUUGUAUCGGAGGUUGCACGAUAAUUCGUCAGCAUAUACUUGUCUGCAUCUUUACUCGUCGACGAAGUGCUUUCGCCAAAGGAUAGAUUCCAUUUUUAUAAAAAAAGAUUUUAUUUUGUUCAUUCGUUGUGUAUUUUGAUAUGUCUGCGACACGUUACGCAAUAUAUAUUUUAUAUAAAUCUUGUAUUUUUGUACCAUCACAAAAACGCCGGGCGUUUUAAAUAAUAAAAAAUUAUUGGUGUUGUUUG